UGUCAACGCGUUGUUAUGGAGUCCGGGUUCAAUUCGAAACUUCAGCUGUUCGUUUCACCUGCGGCUCGAUCAACGGGAUCAAAACGUGGUUUAACGUGUGAAAAUGUCUUCCACCGAACCAGCGGACUUUCUACGAGAGCGUAACAAAGAUCUACUGAAGCGGCUGAAGCAGCAGAGAGAGAAACUGGAGCGUGUGAGCGGCUGCAGCCGAAAGAGGGACCGAGAGGACGAGGCUGAGGAGAGGAGACAGCCCGGGGAGACGGUGCCUGGGACCGAGGGAGGCCGAGGUCCUGCCAGGGCCGGCCUCACCAGACCCGCCGUGAGAUUUGCGGAAUCUCCAUCAGAUACAUGCGAGAGACAAGCAGGCAUCAAGCACACCCUUGUUACUCCACCGUCGCAGACCGCUCAAUGUGCGGACUCGUCAGACCUUCUCGAUGACGGUGAAAGACAUCUUCAAAUCCAGGACAGGCUGCAGGACACAUCACAUAUGACCAAGUCCUGUUUAGUGAAGAACUGCAAAGAAGAUAGUGAGGAGCUGAGCCCAGUCACAUUUGACGAAUGUGUAGAAACCCCUGUGUCUGACAGGCAUCAUUUGCAGCCCUUGCUUGGAUAUGACUGGAUAGCAGGAGUCCUUGAUGCUGAGGACACGUUUGUAGAGCGCUCCGAUGAAUUCUUCAACGAUCUCCGCAAUUUCCGAUCGCUGCACAAGGAUGAGUGUGUCCACAGCCCACAAGCAGAGUCUCUUCCUAGAUUAUCUGUGGAGAACCAUUCAGGGCUGACGCUGCUAACAGACAAGGAUGACACCGAAGCCAACACAGACAAUCAUCAGUGUACAUUCUCUUACAGGAUUAACAGUAGACUGUUCCCUGUCCCGCUUCACCAUCAGGAGUGCUGUCCUGUCUGCAAAAAGCCCAAGUCCUCCCACCCUCACACUACUGCUGAACCAGCUCUUAUCAGGGUCAGCAUCCCUCGCUCCACUCUCUUGCCACCCUACAAGUACAAAGCCCACCGGCGAUGUAGCUUUGACUCUUCUGAUAGUUUGGGGUUACCUUCGCACUGUCUCUCAGGCUGGUCCCACACAGGUCAGAGCACCCUGCCACCACCCAGCAGCCUCGACCUGCGGAGCAGUUUGAAUACGAAGAACAAUGAACUUGAGAAUCUCUCUGUGCCUGUGAACCAGAUCUCUGACCAGAUAUCAAAUGUGUCAAAGUUGGCACGUCACAACUUCCAACACUUCUCUCCCAGGAAUAAAAUGGGAAGCACAUCAUACCCAGGGUGCUGACGAAUGAAAACUGUUUUAAGUGAUCAUUGUUUAUACUGUGAGCCAUUAGACACCAUCCAAGAGGAUUUCCCAUGGAUAAUGAUGGACGACAUGACAGCUCUCCAAAAAUGAAGCCAAAGCAUCUUGAUGCCUGGUGGCUGGCUGCAGUAUAGAUGAUAAACCCAGCCCUCUCUAUGUUAGUGGAUGGGACAUGGACCAAACUAAACCGUCAAAGUUCAUGUCAAAUACAUUUUGAUGGUCUCCAUCAUUUUCAGUAGUUCCUAUUACACCGAUGUUUGUGCAAGUGGUCAUUUGUCCAGUAAGUUUGGCUUUAAUUAGUUAUUUGAUGCCAUAAAAAGUAAUUAGUCUAUUUUCUAUAUACAGUCUACGAUCUGUUCGUCUUUUUUUGUAAACAGAUCAUUUCGAUAAUGCCUUUCUGUUCCGUCUCUAGGGAAUGUGUUUGCUUACAUUAUAUUUUUUUGAACAAAAAACAUUGGAUAGAUAAUAUCAUAAUUUUUCCAAAGAGAUUAAGCUCUACAUGUGACUGUCGGCCUCAUGAAUGCCAGGCAAGAGGUGUUAUGCCCCAGAUUAAAGAAAAUAGUUUACCACAUUAUUCCUAAAAGUUCAAUUUGAGUUUCCUCUGUAAAUCUCACAAUACAGAGGAAGUCGUUUUGAGUCAUGUCUGUUGCUUGGAGACGCCUGUUUGUUUCCCUUUCCAGCUGUACACUUUGGCUACCAGGUUCAAACGUAUUUUAGUUUUUAACUUCCUUUGACACUUCCUCACUGUGGUACCAUGAAGACAGUAAAAACAAAGGCAGUAGGUGCUAUACAUGUGUUGUAUUUCACAGGAAAUCACAACCACAUAUACUUCAUGUCAAAUACUUUAGCCAUCCACACCAUCACUGUAAAUGUUCCAUUUUGUGUCAUGCAGGCCGAUGGAUUUGAAGAAAAUGUAUCAGGGUGUGUUAAAAUAAAAUCAAGAAAAAUUAUGAGCGCAAUAAAGUAAAAGUUAAGUAAAUAAAGUUUGGUGCUGCGUACAGCUCACCUGGUAGAGCUGUCACCUCAACUUGCAGAGGCCCGGGUUCGAUUCCGACCCACGGCCACUUAUGCAUAUCCUCCCCCGCUCUCUCUCUCUCUCUCCCUUUCACAAGCUUACUAUGUCCUAUCCAUUAAAAAGGCAAUAAAAAGCCCCAAAAAAUACAUUUGUAAAUAAAGUUAAUUACAUUUCCUUUAUUUAGUUUAUUUUAGUUCAACACUAAUUUGACAGCAAUGAUUUGAAUGAUCUGCACUGAACCGAUAUGCAAUAAAAUUGAGUGUAUAAGCAGGCAGUUUGUUCAUACCUGACUCAAACUUUAUUAUUUAAAAAUCCUAAUAAUUACUCAACACUAAUGUACAGGAUCUGAGAUCAGUGCACCAAACCACAGACACAUGAAAUUUCACUUCUACAUGACACAGUUUCAACUACAGCAACAAAGUCAAAUACCGAUCACAUCAUAAGACGUUAUUUAAUAACACACACAAGUACAAGAGCAAGGGGCUGCUACUGCUCGACUCGAGUAGCAGAGAUUGAGGAUGUGGGAGGGGAAACUUUAAAAUGAAAUGUCAGCAUCUUAUACAGGAACAAAAAAAAUGAAACACAUGGGCAUUAAACCGGUCACAACAUGAGCGAUUGUACUUGGGCGUAUUUAUAAGGGGAAAGUUUUUGACGAAAAUAAAGUAGUUAUGGGUGAGGUGGGCUUCUGUGGCUUUCUCAGUAACACGUCAGUAUUGCCAGGCAGUCACACAGGGUUUCUGGUUGAAAUUAUUCUUUUUAUCACAACAGCUACACUAUCCUACCACAGCUUAGACACCUUAGGCAUGAACGUCGUCUCCUAAGUACUCCUUCUCAAAUUUAGAAGGAGUACUUUAGAAUCUAAAUAGAGUAGAUAGGGAUCAUGUCCUCAUAAUUCAAAAAUCUACAAAACCAAUGUCGAUGAACAGUUGACACACACAACUGGGCUCUGAGGGACUUCACUGUAUCUGGACUUGUCUGGUUAUAAACAAGAAGAGAAAGUAUAAGUGAGUCCACUUCCUGUUUCCUCUGCUGCUGAGUUUAUUUCAUAGCUAAAAGUGAGCCCUGAACAUUGUCCACCUAUUCAUACAAAUGAAUGAGACAAAGAGCAUGGAGGAUAAACUAAUUUUCACACUUGUACUUGUAUGCUUGUUAUUAUACAGAAAAUACCUUACACUAUAAUAAUUAAUGAAUGAGAUAUGAAUUGACCAUGGUGGGACCAGUAUUUUUGGCUACUGCUGGUUUUGCAACAGAAGUAACUCACCAAAGUCCCAGGACCCCACUAUUGUGUUUGGUUUUGGUUUAGUCGGAGGGUUUACUGGGACACUUCAUGGAACUGAGCCAUUGGUAAUGUUAUUAAAUUCAAAAGUGCUUUUCUCUGUCAUGUCAUUAAAAACAUUCACUGUGAAAA